CCCCGCCCCCCCCGCCGGCGUGCCUGUCCUUGCUGUGUGCGCGUCCUCCAGCACUUCUGUCUCCGUGAGCUCAUCCUGCGCGGCAGCCAAUGGGAUCGCCCCGGCUCCUUCCCACCGAGGAGCGCUGGUGCUGGGGAGCCGGGCCGGCGCUCCUGGUCCAGGCUCAGCCAGGCGUGGGAGCGGGGCGGUGGGGGGCUGAUGCAGCUUCGGGUCCAGCCGCCGGGGACCCCGAAGGGCUGGGAGCGAACACCCCGGUGGCGUCCAUGCCAGCGGAGGGGACCAUACGGCUGGGGAGACGCGCCGUGAUGUACACGGCGGAGACGAUUCCCAAGGGGAAGAACCGAGUGAUGGGGACCAUCCAGAUCAUGAUGGGCUUCAUGCACAUUGGCUUUGGGAUUGUCCUGACGACCAUCACCAACGUUUACACCUCUGUCUUUGUGAUUGGAGAGAUCCCCUUCCUGGGAGGAGUGUCUUUCAUCAUUUCUGGUUGCCUGUCUAUCGGAGCCGAGAAGAGCCCGACCGAAUGCGCAGUGAAAGGAAGCCAGACCAUGAAUGUCAUCAGUGCCAUCUUUGCACUACUUGGGAUAGUGGCUUUUAUAAUAGAUCUGAAUAUAAAUGGACUGUACCAUUCCAACUAUGACUACUACAACUAUCUAGUGAUGGCCGGGAAUGGGAUCUCUAUCGUGUUGCUGAUCUUCACCAUUCUGGAGUUCUGCAUUGCAGUCGCCACCGCACUCUUUUGGUGCCGGGCAACCCGCCUCAACUCCCAUGAGUCCAUGCUGAUUGUGCCCAACACCAUCAGGGCAGACCUCAUGGUGCCCACUGCAGAAUUGCCUCAUCCACCAACUUACAAUGAUGUGGCCUAUGAUCCGAAGGACCAGUCUGAGUGGGGAGCCCAAGAAAGAACCUGAGGAGAAGUCGGCCCAAGAGCAGAAGCAGCAGCUCCUCCUUCUCUGAGGAGCAAAUUCUGGCCCACUGCCUGCAUGACAGAUUUCCUUCAGUUACUGCCAGUGUUCUUCCCACCCCUGGUCCCUAUCUUGCAUUCCGAGGGACCUGCUCUCCCCAUCUUCCGGGAUGGGCUCAGGCCUGUGUGUUGCCCACAGAUGAGACUUUAAAGCAUGUUUCCCAGCCUGCUGUACCUUGAACCAAGAGGUAACAUCUAGCCCGUGCUCCUUGUAGGCUGCAUGGGGAAUUGGUCAGUGAAUCUGUCAAAGGGGCAGCACGUCAGCUGUGCAUGAGUGUCCCCUGGGCAGAGAGAUCUGAGAGCAGGCAGGGGGCCAAAGUGAAACAUGGGGCGGGAGCACCUCCAAACAAACAUAUGACAAUCACCUGUGUAUCUAGCUGUUCUCUCCCAGGCCCCCAUUCAGCCCUCCAUCAGCACAGAACCCAGCACAGAAACAGGGAGUGGCAGCUUGGAAUCCUGACCCUGAUCUAGUUAAAACAGCUUUGAGGGAUGCUCUAAUUUGUACCUGGCUGCCCCUGGCCACACACCCUGGAAAGUCCUGAUCCAGGGGUCUGCUGCACUUGGGUAAUGGCCAGAGUGUUGUUGCUUUGAACAGCUUUGAAACAGAGUAGCCAGUGUCCAAUGGUUACAGAGUGACUAUGGCCGCUCUCUCUCCAUCACUGGAUUUUGCCCCAGACAGUGACCCAGACAGGCCUUCACUGUGGGUGGGUGCAGGGCACAGACUUUGGAGCCUCCAGAUCAUUGAUGCUAAUCUAGCCGCAGGUCAGCAGUGGCUGGAAAGCAUUAUCAUCUGCCAGCCUGGUGUCCCAUGAAAAAUGAGGCCUAGUUCUUAGUAGGUAAGGCCACCAGGUAACAAAAACCCCACUAUGAUGGCCUCAGCUCCUAUGACACACCAUCCCAAGGGUUUGGCAACUGCUCUGCAGAGCAGGGCAGGGGGUAAGGGCCCGGGCCAUAAUGAGAAAUUCCUCAUCUCCCGGUUCCUCCACAGCUAAAAGGCUGGAUAACCCUAUCUAGACAGAGGGGUCACUGCCUCCCAGGCAAAUAUUGGCUGCCGCAAGAAGGAAGCCAUUGGUUUAUAACCAGUCUCUCUAUCCUCAUGGUGUAGCCAGUCCCCAAACAGACGGGCAUGGCUUUUUUCUCCCCUGUCGUGUGAUUGAGUGAUUUUUCUCUAAUUGUUCAUUGGCUUCUUUUGAGAAAAGCCUUAUAGGAUAAAGUUGGGUGGGAGGAUUGGGUGGGGUGGUGGAGUCUCCCACUGGCUUCUAUAGACCUUGCAUCAGGUCCUUUAAGAGCAAUCAUUGGAAAUUUCUUCCGGCUAUAAAAAACCCAUCUGGAAAUCAGGGAUCUUUAGUGUGAGGUGACCUUUAUAACAGUCAUCCUUCGGAUAUGUCUACCCUGCAAUAAAAGAGCCUAAGCAUUGCUGCAGCUGGCCUGGCUCAGCUGACUAGGCCUUGUGAUGCUUGGGCUGCAGGGCUAUAAAAUUGCAGUGUGGAUGUCCAUGCUGGAGCCUGGGCUUUGAGACCUCAUAAAGGGGGAGGUCGAUCUCCAUCCCAAGCCUGAACAUCUACACUGCAGUUUCAUAGCCCUGAGAGCCCAAGCCAGCU